UUUUUGUUUUACUUUUUUCACUUUACUCUACCAUUGAUUGCUUUUACAUCCAAACUAUUGAAUGACAUUCACUGCUAAUAAACUAAUUAAGAGUUUGGUUUCGGAUUUACUUCUAGUCAUUCAUUAGUUUUCUCAAAAUAAUAAUAUUUUUGUUUUGAUGAAAAAAUGCGACCAAUUUUUACCUGUAAUCACCUCUCCUUCAAAAUGGAUAUAUUUUAUGCGAUUUUAUUCAUAUUUAUCGUCGAAGACAUCAGUUCUGUUAACUCGUGUGGAUAUCCCGGCUCUCCAGCGCACGCCUCCAUCUCAUUGACCACAGACUCCAUCCGAAACGGAACGAUAGCCACAUAUACUUGUGAUAACGGCUACGAACUCUUAGGACCCGCGGAUGACAUUGAACUGGAUCUGAUUGAGCGCAGUGCCUGUCCUGUUAUGAUAUGUCCCCAAACCCCCAGAGCACUAGUACUCUACUCUCCUGUAACCAAAUACCUGUGCAAAACAUAA